CGGGGGUUUUGUUUGAGACUUGGGUUCACCCCAGAGAGAAGGGGGUGUGGGGGAUGUCCUGCUCCCUCAGCGCGCGUUUGGCUAAUUUUCUUGGAAAACAAACCACUGACCCACAUGCAACCCUGACAGGGUGACAAAGGGGAUGAAAAAAAAAGAACCAUCACCACAACGACAACAACAAAAAGAGACAGCCCUCCUCCCAGCUAUCACCACUUUAUCACCUGCAUGUGCCUGGAAGGAGGCUCUUCCCUCCGCUGAGGGAAAAAAAGCUUAGGAAAGCAAAGUUUGAACAGCGAAUUCCUGUUAUUUCAAAACGCCCCAUGUGACAGGAUAUUUCCUUAUCAUUUCGAGCCCAGAGCUUUUCCCUGAUCCACCAGCCCUUCACAAGUGCGGAGGACCUGCCCGGCGGGAAGCCCUCUCUCUCCUCAGCGCCGGGGCGCCUCGGGCGAAGGCGCGGCGAUGGCUCCCGCCCUGCUCCUGCUUCUCCUCGUACUUCCCCUCCGGGUUUUUCCUCUGCUGGAUACCAGCAUCUUCUUAAUAUAUAAUGAAGAUCACAAGCGUUGUGUACUGGCUCAAAGUUCUAAUUCAGUGACUACUGCUCCUUGUGUUCAAGAAAAUGAGUCACAAAAAUUCAGGUGGGUCUCAGAUCACCAGCUUAUGAGCAUAGCAUUCAAAUUGUGCUUGGGAGUGCCUUCGAAGAAAGACUGGGUUCCGGUCACUCUGUAUCCUUGUGACAAGGCUAGUGAACUUCAACGAUGGGAAUGCAGAAAUGAGACUCUCUUUGCAAUCCAAGGGGAAGAUUUGUUUUUCAACUAUGGAAACAGACAGGAAAGGAAUAUUAUGCUGUACAAGGGAUCUGGUUUUUGGAGUAGGUGGAAAGUCUACGGAACCACAGACGAUCUGUGUUCUCGAGGCUAUGAAGAUACCUACACAGUGAAAGGAAAUGCCAAUGGAGCACCUUGUGUAUUCCCUUUUAAGUUUGGUGAUAAAUGGUAUGCUGACUGCACAGAUGCUGGCAGAUCAGAUGGCUGGUUCUGGUGUGGAACCACUUCAGACUUUGAUGUUGACAAGAUAUAUGGAUUUUGCCCAUUGAAAUUUAAUAGUAUUGAUUUGUUGUGGGAUACAGAUCCUUUAACAAAUGUUCAGUACCAGAUAAACUCUGAGGCAGCUCUGAAAUGGCAUCAGGCAAGAAAGAGCUGUCAACAACAGAAGGCAGAGUUACUGAGCAUCACAGAGUUGCAUGAACAAACAUACCUGACAGGUUUGACUGGCAGACUGAGUUCUGCUCUAUGGUUUGGUCUUAACAGUUUGAAUUUCAACAGUGGAUGGCAAUGGGUUGGUGGAGCUCCUUUUCGAUACUUAAAUUGGGUUCCAGGACAUCCUUCUCCAGAACCUGGAAAAAUUUGUGCAGCAUUAAAUCCUGGCAAAGGUGCUAAGUGGGAGAAUCGGGAAUGCGAUCAGAAACUUGGCUAUAUUUGUAAACGAGGAAAUACUACUUUAGAAUCUUUCAUUAUUCCUACAGAGACAAACGUGCCAAUUAGAUGUCCUGAUCAAUGGAUGUCAUAUGCUGGGCACUGUUACAUAAUUCACAGGGACCCCAAAAUAUGGAAAGAUGCCUUAACAUCUUGCAGGAAAGAGGAUGGGGAUCUAGCGAGCAUCCAUAAUGUUGAAGAGUACAGCUUUGUUAUUUCUCAGCUUGGGUACCAGCCAACUGAUGAGCUAUGGAUUGGGUUGAAUGACCUCAAGGUUCAGAUGUACUUUGAAUGGAGCGAUGGGACACCUGUCACCUACACCAAGUGGCUUCGUGGAGAACCCACUCAUGCAAACAACAGGCAAGAGGACUGUGUUGUUAUGAAAGGAAAGGAUGGAUUUUGGGCAGACCAUUCUUGUGAAAAGAAAAUUGGCUAUAUCUGUAAAAGGAAACCCAUGUCAGAAGCUCCUGCAGAAGAGGAAACCAUUGACACGGGUUGCCAGAGAGGUUGGAGAAGACAUGGUUUUUAUUGUUACUUCAUUGGAAAUACAUUUGUAUCAUUUUCUCAAGCAAAUCAAACCUGUGGAAGGCAUCAGGCCUUUUUAGCAACUAUUGAAGACAGAUAUGAACAAGCUUAUCUGACUAGCCUGGUUGGGCUGAGAACAGAAAGAUUCUUUUGGAUUGGACUUUCAGAUAUAGAAGAAAAAGGAACAUUCAAGUGGGCUAAUGGCCAAUCUGUCUUAUUUACACACUGGAAUUCUGAAAUGCCUGGAAGAAAGCCAGGCUGCGUUGCGAUGAGGACUGGAAUUGCAGGUGGAUUAUGGGAUGUAAUAAAAUGUGAAGAAAAGGCAAAGUUCCUAUGUAAAGUGUGGGCAGAGGGAGUAACACUUCCACCUGUUCCUACAACAACUCCUAUUCCCCGGUGUCCAGAAGGCUGGGAUUCUAACAGUCGUAUUAGCUUCUGUUUCAAACCUUUUUCAAGAGGAGAGCAGAAGAAGACAUGGAUUGAAUCUCAAGAGUUUUGUCGAGCUAUAGGAGGAGAUCUGGCCUCCAUUAAUGGUAAAGAAGAACAGUAUGUGAUAUGGCGUUCUAUUGCGAACAAUGGAUAUUACCACCAGCAUUUCUGGAUGGGCUUAUAUUACUUGAAUCCUGAUGAUGGCUUUGUUUGGAGUGAUGGAUCUCCAGUGCGGUAUGAAAACUGGGGCUUUGGAGAACCCAAUAAUUAUCAAGGCAUUGAGCUUUGUGCAGAGAUCAGUGGCGAUUCCAGCAUGCUUUGGAAUGACAGGCACUGUGAUUAUCUAUAUGGAUGGAUUUGCCAGAUAAGAAAAGGUGCAAGUGUAAAGCCUGAACCAACUGAAUCUCCUGCACCCAAAUACAAGACUACUGAGGAUGGAUGGAUUACACAUGAAGACAAACAAUAUUAUUUCAGCACAGAGAGUGUUCCUAUGGAAAAAGGUCGGGAAUUCUGCAAAAGGAACUUUGGAGACCUUGCUGUCAUUGAGAGUGAAAGUGAAAGAAAGUUCCUCUGGCGAUAUAUCUUGAAAAACGGGAAAGAGGAUUCAUAUUUCAUUGGUUUACAACUGAGUGUUGACCAAAGAACAAGUUCCCCCUUUAUUUUACAUUCAGGAUUUUGGAAUGAUAUAAACUGUGGUUAUCCAAAUCCCUACAUAUGUGAAAGGCACAACAGUUCCAUUAAUUCAACUGUUCCUCCAACAACAAUUUCAGCUCCAAGAGGAUGUCAUCCAACUUGGCUUUCCUUUCAUAAUAAGUGUUACAAAAUAUUUGGAUCUAUGGAAGAUGAACGUGUCACUUGGCAUGCUGCACGAACAGCUUGCAUGAAUUUAGGAGGAAACCUGGCCACUAUCCAUAAUGAACAAGUGCAAGCUUUCCUCACCUUCCAUAUGAAAGAUUUUGUUGCUGAUACAUGGAUUGGAUUAAAUGAUAUAAAUCAUGAACUGAGGUUCCUCUGGACAGAUGGAACAGGAGUUUACUUUACAAACUGGGCCAAAGGCUUCCCAUCAGGACAUAUGGAUUUAUACUCAUAUGAUGGCCAGGCUGAUUGUGUUGUCAUGAGAAACAAUCCUGUUAAGGAAGCAGGGAAGUGGGCUGAUGAGAGUUGUGAUAACAACAGAGGAUAUAUAUGCCAAAUUAAUGCAGAUGCUGAGUUUCUGCCUUCUGCAAGUUCAUCCCCAUCCAGCAUUAUCCGUUAUGGUAACAGCAGUUAUUUGUUCAUCCAUACCAAAAUGAAAUGGGAGGAUGCACGAAAAAACUGCAAACGCGAUCAGUUUGACCUUUCCAGCAUCUUAGACCCCUACAGUCAUUCAUUCCUGUGGUUAAAGAUAUUAAAGUAUGGGGUGCCUAUGUGGAUUGGACUUAACAGUAAUGUGACCAAUGGGCGUUAUGAAUGGAUUGAUAACUGGAGAAUGAAGUAUACUAAAUGGGCUGAAGGGGAGCCAAAGCAGAAAAUAGGCUGUGUCUAUCUAGACAUUGCUGGAGCCUGGAAGACAGGAUCCUGCAAUGAAAGUUACUUCUCUGUUUGCAAAAAACCUGAUGUUCAAGCUCCCACCGAGCCCCCUCAGCUUCCAGGGAAGUGCCCUGAAUCAGAAGGACACAAGUCUUGGAUUCCUUUCCGAGGUCAUUGCUACUACAUUGAAUCUUCCUCUACAAGAAACUGGGCCCAGGCAUCUUUAGAAUGUCUUCGACUAGGUGCCUCUUUGGUAUCAGUUGAAGAUUCAGCUGAAGCCAACUUUCUGGCAAACACCAUUGAACCACUUGAAGGGAAAACAUCAACUUUUUGGACAGGAAUGUACAGAAAUGUGGAUGGAGAAUGGCUGUGGCUAGACAACACUGCAGUGAAUUUUGUCAACUGGAAUGUAGGAGAACCUUCCCCUCAACAAAAUGAGCACUGCGUUGAAAUGUACGCAAACUCUGGGUACUGGAAUAAUAUCUAUUGCUCUUCCUACAAAGGCUACGUUUGUAAAAAGCCAAAAACAACUGAAAUACCACCAGCAGCUGAAAUGCCACCAGCUGAAAUGCCUACAAAAGCAAUGACGAAGGAUGAGAAGUCUUCCACUCUGAGCCACAGUAAAACAGGAAUUGUAGUUAUUGUUGUGCUCAUCCUAGUUGGAAGUGGCCUUGCAGGCUAUCUCUUCUACAAAAGAAGAAAGAAUCGCUUGCCAGCAAAUGACAGCUUUGAGAACAAUUUGUAUUUCAAUAGUGAUGCAGUUCCUGGAACUAGUGACACAAAGGAUCUUGUGACCAACAUAGAACAGAAUGAACAUGCGACAUUGUAAUGUAAUAAAAUAAAAUGUAAUGUAAUAUGUAAUGUAAAAUGUAAUGUAAUAAAAUGUGCCUUGUUUUAAUAAAAUUAUGCAAUUAGGAUUAAGCCAAAACUCUUUUCUCAUGUGCAAAUACUGUAUUAGCCAGUUUCAGUGUGUGAGUAAUGUUAUAUACAGCAGUUAUUUUGUUUUGUAACCAUUGUAUAAUGUGCAAGAUUUCAGAUCUCACAAUAUAUUGACCCACACAUGUGAGUGUGGGUCUUAAGAAAAGAGAUAAUAUUAACUAAUUAUUUAAUGGAACAAUAGAAACUGAUGCAAUAAAGGAAGUAAAAUGUAGAUAGAUCCACUUGAGAAGGCUUCCAAGAUUUGAAAUUUCUGCACCAGAUGUAUUUCAAACCAUGCUAAUGCAGAUUCUCCAAGCUAUUCAGCAAACAUCUCUCUAAUUCUACCAUCUUUCAAGUAUUCCUAAGGACUUAACUACAGGGGUAGUUGCUAGAUGACGAAUCUGUAUUUAGGCACAUCUUCUUUGAACCACAUGGGGAAAAUAUCUUUUUACAUUAUAAUUUCAGUGCCCACAAUUUCAUGCAGCACAUAGAACCAAAUAUGUAGUUCUUGUAGUUUAUUUGUUCUAGAAUUUAAUCAGAUAAAAUCUGGGGGCAGGCCUCUGGAAUGGAGAAGUGUGGUUGGUGUUAACUGCCAGUGUUCUGGCUGACCUCAGCUGGGUUUGUCUGGGAGAGGUGAUGAAGGUCAUGGCAAAACUUCCUUCUUAUCAGGACAACAGAUACUGAGGAGGGGGAGGAACAUUACCUAUACAUGUUCUGAAAGUUUAUGAGUACUGGAGAGCUGUUACUGUGGUCACAUGUUGAUACUGCUCUCCCACAACCUCUCAGUAAGUAGCAUAGGUUAGUGGGGUGUGUGCUGGAAGUCAGGAACAAUUUAGCUUUACCGAUGUAUUAGCUACUACUGAUUCUAUUUCCUUUCUAAAAUGGCUAGAUCAGUUAUCAUUUAUGGAAAUCUUAGAUUCCCCGAUCUGGAAUUUCUAUUCUUAACUUUUGUAAAUCUUGGAAAAUAUGAAUCAUGCAUGAUGCCUCACUUGCAUACAAAGGCUUGCAAGAUUUGUGGUUUCAGAUUUUGUUUUGUGAAAUAAAC